CUUAUUACAGUGUGUCUAUUUUGUGCGCGUGACUCGUGCAAAGAGCAGAUAUCAAUCAAAGUGCAUGCAAGGACGCUUUUAUCAAAUCAUUUACGACCAAGUUCAAAGCGGGCAUAGUUUUUGAGCCGUGAUGUCCAUGUAUCCAUAUCCAGCCAACUCGCCUGCCACAAACAACAACAUGAUCACGCCGAUGUACGGAAAUCAAGGCUACGAAUUUUAUCGGCCCACCGCGUCUCAUUACUCGUCCGUUCAUUUCCCUGUUUAUCCCGCACACGGACAAUAUCAAGCGAGGCAAGAUCGCCUCUAUCCUCCUAUUCCACGCACUCAACAUGUGCCGCAUCAAAGACACGAGAUGGUAAAGCCGCCAUACUCUUACAUCGCGCUUAUUGCUAUGGCAAUUCAGAGUGCACCAGAGAAGAAAAUAACACUUAGUGGAAUAUAUCAAUUUAUCAUGGACAGAUUUCCGUAUUAUAGAGAGAAUAAACAAGGCUGGCAAAACUCAAUCCGACACAAUCUUUCUUUAAACGAGUGCUUCGUCAAAGUGCCAAGGGAUGAUAAGAAACCGGGCAAAGGAAGUUUCUGGAGUUUGGAUCCCGAGAGUUUGAACAUGUUCGAGAAUGGAAGCUACCUGCGAAGACGAAAACGCUUCAGAAAGAAGGAUAAAACAACGUCAGAAAGCAGCAACAACACCGAGAAUCAAGACAAAAAGGAGCAUAGCACUUCCGCCGACACAAAGACAACAAGCUCUGAAAACUCAACAACAACUUCCGCUGCGCAAGAAAAGGCUAAAGAGCAUGAGACGCUAACAAGUAGUACACAGAUAGCUCGGGCAGAAUCCUUAGAGUCUACCGCAAAAUCAGAGAGUAAAGUAACGCCCGCCACAAAGGCCAGCCCACCAUCCUGCAAGCGUGAGUGCAUGGUUAACUCUGAAGAGGGAGACAUUGCAUCGAGUAAUUCGCCUGGUGAGAUCAGUGAAGCGCCACAGGCUUCCACUCCACCUUCCUUCCCUACAGUUCCUCCGUGCACCAUUUACGAGAAUGCGUACGGGUUGAACUACCCCUCCUAUCACCAAAACGGGCAACAAGGCAGCUACUCGAGCGCACCGUACGCAGCCUGCCACUCUCCCUCCUACACCAGUUCAAACACACCCAAUGGCCGGGCUUACGUUCACCGAUACGAGCCUCAGAUGAGCCCUGAGCACUCAGCCGUUGUUCCUGGCCGCUACUCACCGCAUUUGAGCCAUUACAGUCAGCAAGCCACACAAAACCAACACGUAGAGGAGGUCCAAGUACACCGGCAACAAUACGCUGCAGAUUAUGAACCUCCAGCUAGAGCGGGCCAGUGGUACUCAUCAUCCAGCUACCACAGUAAUGAGCCCUCUGUCUCCAGCGCCCAUAACUGCUUCCCGAAUGUACGCGAGAUGUUUGAAUCGCAGCGUCUGAUCGCUCCUAGUGGUGGACAGACAGUGCCGGUCAUGCAAGCAACUCAAGGUCAGUUUGGAUCUUCUAAUGCUGCUUAUCACUCAACUGCGGCAUCCGUGCCUCAGUACACUCUUUAAUCUUUGAUCUCCUCACUGAACUAAGACUAUUUUAGGACAAGACAUUGUGGAAGGGUUCAGAGCCUUUAUGAAAAUGUAUAGUGUUCUUUCGUUUUUCUGUACUUUUUGCUUUGUUGGGAAUGGAUACUCAACUCAGAUGUAAAGAGAGAGAGACUUAAUUUUUUAGGCACGACAAGAAUAUAUUUUACCAAGUUUUAUACAAUUCGUAGUUGUACCCCAAGCGUUAUUCGGGGUUUCCGCAAUUUUUAAGUUUCAUUUUAAGCGCCAAGUUGUUUGACAAUUGAUUUUUGUACCGGUGAAGUUUGUUUGUAGUGAGGCUUAGGAGCAACAAGCGUUGUUUUCUUUCAACUCGCCCUCCACAAGUGUUUCACUGUAUGUCGCCCACAAUGCUCACAGUAUGAGGGGACAGUCAAUCGAGUCCAGCUAAACUGUUUCGUCAUCAAACCCGCUUUUCCAAACCGCAAGCUGCCAGUCAUGAAAACCUGCACGCAAUUCGUGAUUAACUUUAUCCGUAUUUGUAAAUUUUAGUGCCAAAAAGUUUUUUCAAACCGGUGAAAAACACUCACUGCGAGGGUGUGUUUAAAGAAUCGCGUUGCGAAGAAAGGUUUGUUUUGUAAUCAAACUUAUACCAGCAAUUAUGUCAGUGAUUAUUGUGAUGUCUAGCAUAGAACGGCCUUUAAACUACUGCGUAUCGCUGGUGUACAUAGGACUCAAAGGAUUUUGUUAUAUUUAAUGAUGUAGAGCUAUUUUUCAAUCUGAUUUAUUCUUGAUAUAAAAUCCCAACGAAAAGCAAAAGCGAUUAGUUUUUCUAAGACAAAAUAGAGAUUGUGUACGUGAUUGUGUGUAUGUUUUUAUUCACACGUUUUUUACACCACUUAGCGGUUUAGAUGUGUAGACCUGAUUUACAUAUGCUUUUACGAAAUAAAAUCGAACUGAUCGUACUUUUUCAUGA